UCAUCUCCUCCAAACUUACGUGAUUUUUACGUGAUUCCAGAAGUCGUGCAGACCACUAAAUACCAUAGACACACAGAGAUGGCGGAGUUCACACGUGUGCCUCCUGUUAAGGAACUUCAUGCGGAACAAACUGCAGACGAGACACACAUCAAAGAGGAGCCGACAGGAGACACUGGAUGGCAACAGGAUGGACAAGAGACCGUGCUGUGCCAGGAAACGUACAGUGAGGACCAGGAAAGGUACGACUAUCAACCAACUGGACAUCUUUGGAACGAGACUUACAACAUUUGGGAGCAGGCAACAGACACUGGACGGCAGCAGGACGAGGAAAGGGACGCUCCAAACGACGAAAGGUUCGGUGUAAAAGCAGAAAUGGAAGAGCCCAGCUGUGAGGUUUCUACUGCAAACUUGUGUGCUGGAAAUUCUAGACACCCUGGGAAUGAGAUGUACGAUACCAGACACCCUGGGAAGGAGAUUGACAGCAGGGAGACCCAGACAACAGACAUGGGCCUGCAGCAGGAAACGUGUGAUGUGAACUUUCCCCAUCCUGACAACACAUCAACCUCACAGGUACAGGAGAGCAGAGGCAGUAUGGGAAGGCAUAUGGUUAAACACGCUGGUGAGAAACCCUACAUGUGUGGAGAGUGUGGGUACAGGACAGCUCAUAAGUCUGACUUAACAAUACAUAUGAGAAUCCAUACGGGAGAAAAACCCUACAAGUGUGACCAAUGUGACUAUUCUGCAGUGCAGAAAUCCGCUUUGAACCAACAUGUAGGAAAACACACUGGUGAGAAACCCUACAUGUGUGGUGAGUGCGGGUUCAGGACAGCUCAGAAGUGUAACUUGUCAGUACAUAUGAGAAUCCAUACAGGUGAAAAACCCUACAAAUGUGACCAGUGUGACUAUUCUGCUGCACAUAAAUCGAGUUUGGAGCAACAUGUUGCAAAACACAGUGGUGAGAAACCCUACAUGUGUUGGGAGUGUGGGUACAGGACGGCUAAAAAGUGCCACUUAUCCCGACACAUGAGAACACAUACGGGAGAAAAACCUUAUAAAUGUGACCGGUGUGACUAUUCUGCUGCAGACAAACUCACUUUGGACAUCCAUCUAAGAAGUCACACCGGUGAGAAACCCUACAUGUGUGGGGAGUGUGGGUACAGGGCAACUCAAAAGGCUCACUUAUCCCGACACAUGAGAACACACACAGGUGAAAGACCCUACAAGUGUGACCAGUGCGACUAUUCUGCAACACAGAAAUCCAGUUUGGACCGACAUCAAAGAAAACACAUAGGUGAGAAACCCUAAUGUGUGGGGAGUGUCGGUUCGGACAACAGGAAGGUCUAACUUAUUUAGACACAUGAUAAUCCACACAGGGAACCCCCCAACAAGCGUGGUCAGUGUACAAUCCUAACCCCUUACAGCUGGGCCAAAAUGACUCUACCUGUGCAUGAGGUAUAGUAACUGUAGGUGCUGUUUUUGAGAGGGCCACACUCAGAGCAAAUGUUGUUUUUUAAGGACCUUCACACAAUGUUGUAAAGAAAGACACGUUGAUGAGAAAAUGAGCUGAAAUCUGUGUCUUACGGAACAUGAACAUUUUGUAUAGGACAAUGUGAACACCGCACCACACUUGUAGUAUUGAAAGUAAUCGCCAAAUCUUAUAGCGGUAGAAAAAAUGUUGUAGUGAUAGAAAAAAGUUUUGCAUAUAAGAUUAUCAUAUUUAUUUCGUACAAUCCUAUGGUAGUUAUAGCAUUUUAGUAGCUAACCUUUAAUUAAUAAGUAAUCAUGUUGGAACCUGAAUUCUUGGGAUCCUGGACUUUCUGGACUUUGAUUUAUACGAAAGAAUAACAUUUACAGCAAUACGCGCGCCUUUUAUAGUGGUUAUAUGCAUGUACUUGGCACAUAUAUGUAGUUUGUACACAUGGGUUCUUAGUAUUUGGCAUAAAGCAUGGUAUAUAACACAAACUUGAGAACCGUUUUUGGUUCAGUGUUGUCAAAAUAAAACAGGCGUAAACAAAGCCAAUGAUUUUCUGUUGAUUUAUAUCGUCUGAUAAUCCUCAUUCUCCCGUCUUAGCAGUUUUACCGUUAGAUAUGUAGAGAUAUAUUCAAUUGUGGUG